UCAAGGACAUCAUGCAUGAUGGAUUUUCUAAAUUGAAAAUUCCGAUUUCCUUAAUUUCACAGUAUUUAACUACAAGUGUUAUGUAACUUAGGUUAAGGUCUAAAACAUUUAUAAUAUUAUGUCUGGGGCUUCAUUUAUCAAGUCACAAAGGCCAAAGUUAUACUUGGCACUGUGGCGGUUCUUCAUUUGACUAUUUACUUCGCAAAACCUUCUUUUUUCAAGCCCGAGAGUAAAAAAAUAGAGCAGGCAGCACCGCCUAAAUAUCUGCCAUAAGGUCGUGACCUUCGCUAUCGGAAUACGGAAAUUAGUCUUCUCAAACCGCAAAAAACUUGAUUUGAUACAUGUAUUUUAAGAGACUACCGGGCUUACUCCCCGGCUUAGUUUACAAAGGAAUAGUGAAGGAUUCGUCAAGAACAAUGAGCAACGCACAAAAAUUCCAAGUCUAUGUGACCAGGUCUGACAUGCCAGAGAGUGGAAUAGAGAUUCUUAAAAAACAAUGCAACUUGAAAAUAUGGGACAAACCGUCACCAGUGCCCAGAACACAGUUAUUGUCUGCCGUGUCAGGUGUGAACGGAAUAUACUGCUCCCUCUCUGACAAAAUUGACAAGGAGGUGCUGGAUGCCGCUGGGCCAGGGUUAAAGGUGGUAGCCACUAUAUCAGUUGGCUACGAUCAUAUUGACUUGACGGAAUGCAAGAAGAGAGGCAUCAGAGUUGGAUACACUCCUGAUGUGCUGACAGAUGCUACAGCUGAACUUACGUUGGCUCUUCUCUUGUCAACUUCACGAAGGCUCCCAGAAGCUCAACAUGAAGCUAAAACUGGUGGCUGGGUUUCUUGGGCUCCGACAUGGAUGACAGGGCCAGGCCUAGCUGGAGCCACAGUUGGCAUUGUUGGCUUCGGAAGAAUAGGCCAGGCUGUUGCUAGACGUGUUAAGGCAUUCAACACAGCAAAGAUUUUAUAUUUCAACCGCAGCGAGAGGCCAGAAGCCAAAGAAAUAGGGGCAGAAAAAGUAAGCUUUGAUGAGUUGAUAACUCAAAGUGACUUUGUAAUAUGCUGUGCUGCACUAGUACCAGAAACUAAGGAGAUUUUUAAUAAGAGUGCGUUUGUGAAGAUGAAACGUAAUGCCAUUUUUGUUAACACAAGUCGUGGGGGUACAGUGGAUCAGGAUGCAUUGAUAGAAGCCCUUAAAAAUAAUACCAUAAGAGCUGCCGGCCUCGAUGUCACUACUCCCGAACCACUACCCCUUGACAGUCCGUUAUUUACAUUGAAAAAUUGUGUGGUUCUACCUCAUAUUGGUAGUGCUUCUAUUGAAGCAAGAAACACCAUGAGUGAACUAACAGCUAACAACAUUGUUGCUGCACUCAAUGGCGAAGAUAUGCCAGCGGAAUUAAAAUAAUUUAUUUUUAUAUAAUAUUAUUACUUGAUAAUCAAUAUUUGAUGGUUUUUGUGUAAAUGAAAUAUAAUAUGUUUAUAACCAAUUA